AACAUCUAUGACUUAAAUAGAUGUUGCUAUACCCCGUUGGUUUUUGGUACCGGUGGGAAAGGGAACUAUUUCAUUCUCAUUUCUCAUUUCAUCAAAUUGGAAUGUUCUGUGCGCAUUAUUGCCUUUUGACUUCCGUUUGUAUAAAGGCAUAAGCGACUCCAAGCAUAACCUCGUCGUUUGUGGCCAUGCGUCUCUCGUGUAACAUGGCGACCGGCAAAGGACUGGCAGUGAUUUUCCGAUCAAAAAUUAACUUUAUCGGCAAUAAUAAUUUAAAUAAAUUCUCCUGUAGCGUUUUUCAACGAUGCAAUACGUGUCAACGUUACAUGGUGACCGUCGCUUCGACUGUCCAUGGUUGGAACCACAACAGAGCAGGAAAAAAUAAUAUAGCGAGGAUAAUGCAGCCACACAGGGCCAUACAUUUAACAAGUAAAUUGUUGAAACGUAACUAUUAUGAAAUUUUGGGUGUCUCCAAAAAUGCUUCAGCGAAAGAUAUAAAAAAGGCAUAUUACCAACUUGCUAAGAAGUAUCAUCCUGAUACGAAUAAAGGGGAUCCGAGCUCUGGGAAAAAAUUUCAGGAGGUUUCCGAGGCUUACGAAGUAUUGAGCGAUGAUGUUAAGAGAAAAGAAUACGACACGUGGGGCACAACUUCGGAACAAAUGGGAAUGGGAAUGGGCCAAGGCCACAGACCCAAGAAUUACAGUCAGCACUGGCAAUACACAUCCACUGUCAAUGCGGAGGAGUUGUUUAGAAAGAUAUUCGGUGAUGCUGGAUUCCAAAGUGGAGCCUUCAGUGAUUUCGAGGACUUUGCAGAGUCGAAGCAUGGUUUCGGAGCAGCUCAAGAAGUGAUAAUGAACUUAACAUUUUCUCAAGCUGCAAGAGGUGUGAACAAGGAUAUCAACAUUAACGUGAUAGACAUCUGUCCAAAGUGUAAUGGUUCGCGCUGCGAACUCGGAACGAAAGCAGUAAAAUGUCAGUAUUGCAACGGCACGGGAAUGGAGACGAUAUCUACCGGUCCUUUUGUAAUGAGCUCGACCUGUCGGUAUUGUCAAGGCACGAGGAUGUUCAUAAAGUUCCCUUGCACAGAAUGUGAUGGCAAAGGACAAUCGGUGCAACGUAAGAAAGUGACCGUGCCGGUUCCAGCCGGCGUGGAGGAUGGGCAGACGAUUCGGCUGGCAGUAGGCAGGAAGGAGGUGUUCGUGACAUUCCGCGUGGAGAAAUCCCGGUAUUUCCGCCGCGACGGACCUGACGUACAUACCGAGGCGCAAGUCUCGCUGGCGCAGGCAGUGCUUGGUGGUACGAUACGAGUGGAGGGCGUGUACGAGGACCAGACCAUACAAGUAACGCCGGGGACAUCGUCGCACACGCGGAUCCGCCUGAGCGGCAAGGGAUUGAAAAAGGUCGACGGAUUGGGUUACGGUGAUCAUUACGUGAACAUUAAGAUAACCGUGCCCAAACAGUUGACCGACGAGCAACGGGCAUUGCUUCAGGCGUACGCGGAACUCGAAACUGACACUCCUGGUAGUAUAUACGGCCUGACAUACAAAAAGGACGGUACGAAAGAAUCUUAUUCAGGACCGUUAGAUUUGGUAGAGUCUAUACGCAUAGCGCUGGGAAAUAUGCCUAACCAUGAGAAACAGCCAUCGUCCCGACAUCCAGAAGACAAACCCCAAGAUGAUAAUUCCGCGCAUACCAAAGACACGUCGUCGAAUGGAAAAGAUGAAAAUGACGCCGGGAUUUCGCAGCGGGAAAAAAUGCUUUAAAUCGGAAUGAUGAUCCAACGAUAUAAAAUGAUCUUAGGAAACAUUAAUCACAUCGAUAUCACCAAACGGAAGUCAUAAAGGACCGUCAUGUACACUUUCGAUCAAGUUGAAAAAUACAAGCGUGAAGCUCUGGAUAAUCGUCGAUUAACGGAUAAAAGGCGCCAGCUCUGUGGCGCUUAGAUAAUCUACCUGUACAGUCGUAUAGCGUUCAAGUUUGCCUUUACUUGUUACGUCUUAUUUAAUAAAGUCUUAUUAAAUAAAGUGUACAUGAAAAAUAGAA